UCUACUUUCCAACUGUCGUGGGCUUGGGCUCACUGUAUGUGCACGACAACAACUCUACUUUCCAACUGUCGUGCGCUAGGGCUCACUGUAUGCCUACGACAACACUACUUUCCCCAACGAUGGUGACUCGUGUUGAAUUGUUUUUUCCGUGAAUAAAGUAUCGGAAAACGAGUGUUGUGCUGCCAUCUAGUGUUUGUGUUCUUUUCAAGAUGUUGUUAGAGUUGAGCUGACCUUCAGAUCAAAGUUGUAGUCACGUGAUCAAAGUUGUAGUCACGUGAACAGAUUGUCUGACCAUGGCCAGUCUAGCCAAGUGUGUGCUGGCCUGCUGCCUGUUUGUUAUCGCCCUUUGUCUGAUGACCGUCCAGAAGACGGCGCUGGUAGUCACUUUACGUCAAGUCCUGCAGCCUGACGUCACACUGGAGGCGGGGUACGCUGUGAUCACGGUGCUACUGGCCACGCCCUACCUGUUUGCCGUGUUCCUGCUUCUCUGGAACACGCCGUUUCUCACCAAGUCCAGCGACUUUUCCCUGCCGUCCACUACAAGCUUGGUUCUGGGUGUUUUUGCCGGCAUUGUCGAGGCCGUGUGUGUCGUUCUGUUCAGCACGCGAGUGAUGGCGUUACUUCCGGUGUUCGUUGCCCUUCCGGCCACCCAUGGUGUCCUCUCCAUCUCUUCGGUGAUAACAUCCCUCAACAACAACAAGGGGAAUCCCAAAGAGGGUAGAUCAGCAGACGACCGAUCAUUUCUCUGUAUCGGCGCCAGGAUCACAACGUCAGUCCUGUGUACCCUGGUGUCGCCUGCUGUCGCCUGCUUCCUCUACGUCAUGGGUCUAGCAGACGUGGCCACGUCACUCAGCCUGGCCGUCAUCCCGGCCCUCCUUGGAAUCAUCUGGAGCCCAGAUCUUCAAGGUCACAUUCUCGACCCCACCGGCAUCAACCCGCUGUGUCACAAACGGUUCCGUCUGCUCUACGGCGUGGUCAAGGUCAUGGCCAUCGUCUUCUUCAUUUUAGUAGAAAUGUACUUCCGGAGUGACGUGUCUCAGGCCGACCAUCUCCUGGCCAGGUACCUGCAAGGGUUUGUUGUCCUGCAAAAGCCGGACAUCCUCCUACCGCUGGUUGUCCAUUUUUCGACCAGCCUCGUCGGGUUGGGUUUAUCCUACGUGUCUCUCGCCCUGUGCCAACCCCUGUUCGGGAUGGUCAUCCCCUCCCUUCUCUCUAUGGUAACCACCCUAGUUUUGUGUGUCUAUAUAGCACCGUCCAUCUACGCUAUUGACGAAACCAGUUUUUUCGGCGCCUUUUCGCCAUAUUUAAUCAGCGCAUCUAUUUUGGGAUGGGCCUGGGCUUGGCCUUAUAUUUUGAACUCUUCCAGUUUCCUGCGCAGACCAAGGCAUCUGCUCACCCCGUACAAAAUUUUAUUCAAAAAUUACGGCUGGAACCCGAUUUUCACCGACCAAAAAUGGUUGCUAGGAUACGAUCCUAAAUUGACUUACGAAACAGACAGUUUCGCUCCAAAGGCUAAAAAUAGAAUCUACAUCUGCACUACUAUGUACAGAGAAGCAGACUACGAGAUGGAGCGUCUGCUGCUGAGUUUAAUGAAAAUCUCGUCAGAUCCGCUUCUGAAAGAUAUUCACUUUGAGAGCAACAUCUUCAUGGACAACGGCUGUACUGGUGUGACUCUCAAUGAAUUCGCUCUCCAGUUUCUAGCGCUGUUGGUUAGCAAAGGCGGGGUCUCGCUUGACCGCGCCAAAUGCUGGGGAACUCCUUACGGCCUGCAGAUCUUCUGCCAGCUCCCGAGUGGUCUCCCGCUCUUCGUUCACCUCAAGGACCCGGCCAAGGUCAAGUCCAAGAAACGCUGGAGCCAGGCCAUGUACAUCAACUACGUCAUGAGGUUCCGGAAAGUUCUGUGGAAGAACGACAGCGAGAAUGUGAAGAUCUUCACCACGGGGACGCUGUCGGGCAUGACGGUCACGUCCCUGUCCAAAGCCGUGCUGGAGGGUGGGGACGCUAAGUGUACCAGCGAGAACGAGGAGUUCAUGCUGAGGCAGAUCACGAGCGUGGGUUACCCCACCCUGGCGGAGUUCAGGAUCCUGGACAAGGCUUGUACGUCAGUGGACGACUCGACACCACCCAGUAGCGAAUCUGGAUCUCAGGUGACUGGUCACAGCAAAGAGAGCUCGGACCUCGAGUCAUUGCCCGACGAGAAAUGCCGAGAGCCCGCCCCAGGGGCGUACAUCAACAGAGGGUACCAGUCGGACGAGAGCAGCACCGUCUCCAUACAUGACAAAACCUUCGUGGUAACUAAGGACGCCAUUGAGGUCCUGUCAAGGCCGCCCUACACGGACGUCGUGCUGGGCGAGUCGGCCUACGUGGACGAUGACCACACCUUCAUUCUGGCCACAGACGCAGACAUGGACUUCAAGGCCGACGCCAUCAAGGAACUGCUUGACCUAUGUGUCUCUGACCAGCGAAUAGGGGCCGCUUGUGGCCGGACACAUCCCAUUGGUCAAAAGUGUAGCUCCAUUGUAUGGCACCAGGUCUUUGAGUAUGCUAAAGAUUUUUGGAUGAUCAAAAACGCCCAAAACAUCAUCGGCUCUGUCAGCUGUUGUCCUGGUUGCUUCAGUCUCUACAGGGCCAGCGCAAUCCGUGACGUCAUGAGCAAGUACUCCAGCCCCACCCGCACGCCGUUCACAGUCUACGUUAAAGAUACGGGUGAAGAUCGAUGGAUGGCUACUCUAAUGAUGAUCAACGGAUGGAGAAUGCGGUACUCACCUUUUGCGGACAACACGACCUAUUGCCCGGAUACUUUUGAGGAAUACUAUAAACAACGAAGAAGAUGGAUACUUUCCGACAUGGCGAACGCCAUUUUGGUUGUGCAAAACUUGUUCCGGUUGGUGCGCAACAACGAGUGCUUCAGCCUAAUUUACCUCAUCUAUCUCGUCAACAUGUUCCUCAACAAUGUCAUCACUCCAGGAACUGCCAUCGUCAUGAUCACUGCCGGUCUGGAACUGGUCUUUGAUAUCCCGUACGUGUACACGACCCUCCCGAUGGCUGCCAUUGUUUACCUGUACGCCUUCAUAUGCACGUGCACCAGUGCCAGGACUCAGGGACUGCUCACCAGCGUGCUCAUGGUGCUGUUCGGUAGCAUGUUCUCGUCUGUGGCCAUAUAUGGCUCGUACAAGAUCACCGCUGGGAUGGUCAAAGAAAUCAACGCUGGCCACUUCCACUACCAACAGCAUUACGUCAUCCUCCUGUUGACCCUCAGUCUUGUGUACGCCGCCCUGAUGCACCCCCGGGAGAGCUACCAGAUCAUCUACGGCUUCGCUUACCUCUUCAUCUUCCCAGCCAUGCACGUCCUCCUGCCCAUCUAUAGCAUAGCCAACAUCAUAGACCAGAGUUGGGGCACCAGGGAUUCGAACAAAGCCAAGCUUCCCAAACUCUCCUGUAUGCCAAGUUUAAAGAAGUUCAGGAAACGGAUCAAGAAAUCAAAGUCAAAGAACAUCCAACAAGGCUCUUGUCCUGACUGUACAGACACACAGACGGAGCUGCAGGAAAUCAUCUCAGCGCUGGUGCUGGACAUGUCCCAGGGGGACGACAAGGCCAAGGAGGAGUACAAGUUCUGGGAGGCCUUGACCUCCACUCACCUCGGGGUGGACGUCAAUAAAGGACUGGAGAAAGCUGAGCUGGCGCUCGGUCUUGGCAGGAUGAGAAAUCGUCUGCUGGGAGGGUUCCUUUUUUUGAAUGCACUGUGGCUGGGGUUCCUGUCCUAUUUCUACUUGGGCUUGGACUCACCACUUUCCAGACUCAAUAUUUAUGGCAUCAUCAGUGGCGCCCUCUAUGGGUUCACACUUAUCAUUCAAAUUCUCGGACUGACUGCUGGACGGAUUGAACAGGUUUUAAGGAGACUGGCCAGAUAUGUGCAUGGUGAUAAUGUGCCAGUUUGGGUCCAAGAAAGAGAAGGGAAAUAACCAACUUUUUUCACAUUAAAAUGUCAAAUAUUUUUCAUAAAACGUACAUUUU